ACUCGGUUUCAUCCGCCAACGACGCACCUGACGCCGGAGAUGGUACAGUUUGGUGCCGCUGGCUCAGGUUGGAGGUCGACUGUUGGCGACUCGAUAUUUCGUGGCGGAGGUGGGUGGUAUUCGGGAGGAAGGGCUCGAACCCCACAUCCGAAGGCGAUAAACACCACGGGUCUCGACACGUUAAUCUAG